AUGGACCUUGAGCAUUACGGGCAAAGCUCCCAGCAGCCCAGACAGCGGCGGAAAAGGGUUGCGAAGCGGCGGUUACGGAACAAGCCUCCUAUCGCCGCCCGCCUGGCCUUGGAUUCUCAGCUGCGUGGGAAUGUGGGCGUCUUAUCAGAGGACUUGGCGAAUGACCUCUUUCCGCAGCAGACGCUUCAGGAUGUUGCGACGCACGACGGUGUGCACUAUGUCGCGGUUUCCCCGCACACUCCGACCUUGGGCUCGGUGGAGGACCAAGCUUGGACGAUUCUCCCCGUGCGGAUCCAAACCUCCGAACGUUCUCAGUCGCCAAUAUCACAUUCCACAGUCCUUUUCCCCGACUCCGCUGAUACCCUGCAGCCUUUGCUGCAAGCGCUCGGAAAGCUGGAUUCAUCACGUAAUUCAUUGCAGACUCAUCACGCGGUGGAGAUCCGGAUCUUAGACGUGGCCCCGCUACACUUGGAAACAGUCUUUGUGACUGUUGAGCGACAUCUGCUUCGCAACCAUGACGACGUACAAAGCAAAUUUGGUGGUGGGUUCACGUCCAAUGCUCACGGGCCGAACAGCCCGUGGUCCAAGACUGGCAAGGCCGCCGACACGAGGAAAUAUUCUAAGAAGGCAGCGGCUGAUGCUGAAUUGCGUCUCACUGCGGCUGUGCGCGAGGCAUUGUCUGUGCAAAGGAUCGUUCACAUGGGUGACGUUCUUCCUCUUCCUCUCCCUCCUCAUCCUAUCACAUAUGCACCUGCCCCUCCGGCGCGCAUUUCCUUUUGUGAGCCUGUAUCACAAGGCCUUUUGAUGCCCACAACGAAGAUUGUUCUUGUCCAGGCCCGCCCACAAGGUCAUCGUGCACAGCCAGCCCUUCCUCCACGGUCUGCGCUGCUCAGACAGGUUGCCGAGGAUGAAGCCGAUGAUACCUCCAAUGAACAGUUCUACUCCGCCGCUGAAGAGAAGCCCGGGGAGAGCGGAACCGAAGUAGAAAUGACUUCAGCCGCCGAGGAGUCAGAAACUGAGGGUUCUGCAGGUUCAAUGAGUGACUCGUCCGAUGAUUCCCUUGAGGACAUGAUAUCUCUCUCCGCUCCCGAGCUCCCACAACCUCCCUCCGGCGUGAUGUCGUCCAUCACAUCGGCUACACCUCGCGCAGGGGGUCGACGUGUCGAUGGAAUCCACACUCCUGGGUCUGUUGCCUCCAACUUUACAUCGGCGACUAUGCGCCCGGGCCGGGGCGGCGGAAAGGUCUUCAAAGUGGAAGGCCUUCUACAACAAGUUCCGAAUGAGGUGCUCCAUCCGCGGCCCCGCGACGAUGAAGAUGUCGAUUCUUUCGUGUUCGUUGAUAUCAGCACCCUCGCCAAAAUUGGCUGCUUUUCGGGCGACUGGGUCCGGAUCGAAGCCGCCGAGGAGCCCCAGCUAAACAUGUUCGCCUCGCUCAAAUUCGGCUCCUUUAAUGAAUCUCCCGAGGAUGCUGGAGACUGGCGUCCGGUGAAAGUCUUCGGUCUCCCGGGGCUCCCGUCUCCCAAACCCCGGUAUGCCAUCAACCACUCCGGUGGUCGGCGAUCAAGCUUCUCCCAGCGUCCGCCCACCCGCUUGACACCUUCCAUCUUCGUGCCCCCGUUGCUUCUUAGCAAUAUUGAGAACCCCAAAUAUCUGCGCAUUUCACCAAUGACUUUUGCGGCUGCCAAUGGCGCUUCAAAGGCAGGCCUCUUGCACCAUAUGAAAAACACUGCAGCAAAAAACCCUCCCCUGGCAAAGGAGGUUACCCUGCUCAAGGUUUCCACCCCUCUCUCUAUGGACAGGGUUCUCCAGCCAGCUCUGUUCGCUGGACUCAAGCAUUACUUCGAAUCUCGCCGUCGGAUACUCAAGAGUGGCGAUUUGGUCGGUAUUAGCGUUGACGAGGGCUUGGGCAGAGCUAUGUUCUCUGGAACCUCUGGUGGUGACGGUGCGAACCAAGAAGACGAUAUCACAGCUCGAUUAGGGCAAGGCCCUGGCAUGGAAAGUUCCGAGGCACGUAAGGUUGGCGUGGCUUGGUUCCGUGUCGGCCAGGUGGCUCCUAUCAAUGUCGAGGAGCUAGAGGACACAGGAGAGGACCAGUGGGGCGGAGUCGCGGUCAUUGAUCCCUCCAGCACUCGCAUGGUGCAGGCGGGCAGCGACGUUAGCCGGGUUCCUGGAAUCCUGGGCAAUGGCUGGGAGUACUGGCUGGGCGUCAAGACCAUCCCCAAAGCUAUUGGAGAUGCUCCGGCGCCUCAUGGAAUCGUGGUCGAGCCCCCGCAGGCUUUCGUUGCCCCUCUCCAACAACGAAUUCGCGAGCUCAUGGCCGCAGCGACAAGCCCUCGAGCUAUUCAGCUGGGUAUGAAGCCAGUCGUGAUCCUUCUGAAGUCGCAGCAGCGCCACAUCGGCAAAGCAACCGUCGUGACACGGGCGUGCGCCGAUAUUGGCCUUCACACGUUCCCGAUCGACGCUUAUGAUAUCUUGACUGAGGGUGGCGCGAAUGGCGGCGACGUCAAGACCGAGGCUUACUUGAAAGCUCGGGCCGAGAGGGCUUUUCACUGUGGCUCGAACUGCACCGCCCUGCUGAUCCGCCAUGUCGAAGUAUUGACCGCUGAUCGUAUUGUCACAGCUCUGAAUGAUAUUCUAGCUGAAGCCAGGGUGGUCAUUGCGACUACUACUGACGUGGAGCAGAUCCCGGAAGGCAUCCGCAGUCUCUUCACACAUGAAUUCGAGAUGGGAGCGCCGGAGGAGAAAGAGCGUGAGGGCAUCCUGCGAAACGCAGUUGCCGAGCGUGGAAUCAAGCUAUCUUCCGAUGUGGAGCUGGGCACUGUGGCCCUGAAGACGGCUGCGCUGGUCGCAGGCGAUUUGGUCGAUGUUGUGGAGCGUGCCGCUGGUGCGAGAACGGCCCGCCUUGAGAAACUCGCCGAGACUGCCAGCAAGCAGCUGCAGAACUCCGAGGUCUGCGUGAGGGAUGUGCUGCUCGCCGGGGGCGAAGGUGCGCGUGGGGUCACCAAGGCCGACUUUGACGCUGCUGUUGAGGCAGCCCGAAAGAAUUUCGCCGACUCAAUUGGCGCCCCUAAGAUCCCCAACGUUGGUUGGGACGAUGUGGGUGGACUGACCAAUGUCAAGGAUGCUUUGAUCGAGACAAUCCAAUUGCCUCUUGAACGGCCGGAGCUGUUCGCCAAGGGCAUGAAGAAGCGCAGUGGUAUUCUCUUCUACGGACCGCCUGGAACUGGCAAGACCCUUCUUGCCAAGGCCAUUGCCACUGAGUUCUCCCUUAACUUCUUCUCCGUCAAGGGCCCCGAGUUGCUCAACAUGUAUAUUGGUGAAUCCGAAGCCAACGUGCGUCGGGUCUUCCAGCGUGCUCGAGAUGCUCGUCCGUGUGUUGUGUUCUUUGAUGAAUUGGAUUCGGUUGCACCUAAACGUGGCAACCAAGGUGACAGUGGAGGCGUGAUGGACCGUAUUGUCAGCCAACUUCUUGCGGAACUAGAUGGAAUGAACGGCGGAGAGGAGAACAGCGGCGGUGUCUUCGUAAUUGGCGCCACAAACCGCCCGGAUCUGCUGGAUUCUGCACUUCUCCGUCCUGGUCGCUUUGAUAAGAUGUUGUAUCUGGGUGUUUCGGAUACGCACCGGAAGCAGGCCACGAUCUUGGAGGCACUUACGAGGAAAUUCGCCCUCAACCCUGAUGUUUCACUUGACCGGGUGGCAGAAAAGCUACCUCUGACAUACACCGGUGCCGAUUUGUAUGCGCUGUGCUCGGAUGCUAUGCUCAAGGCUAUCACCCGCAAGUCCACGGCUGUAGAUGAGAAGAUAAAGCAGCUCCCAGGUGGCCCGGUGAGCACGGCAUACUUCUUCGACCACUUGGCGACGCCGGCAGAUGUUGCGGUCACUGUGACUGAGGAGGAUUUCAUGGAGGCGGAGAGGGAGCUUGUUCCUAGUGUUAGUGCGAAGGAACUAGAGCACUUUGAACGGAUUCGGCAGACGUUCGAAUCCGUCGACCAGCAGAAGCAGGAUUCAGCAGGGGCUGCCCCGCAAACUAUCGCUGAUGCAAUGGAGGCUUUCAGCUUGGGGGCGUCGCCGUCUCCUGGAGACAGUCCUGUGCUCAACGGUGAUGGCUCCUUUGGUGGAAGUAUCCACGGCCGGAUUAAAGGAUUGAAGCAAUGGCCUGGGGGUAUCGUCCGCAGUGCCAGCAGCCAGUCGGCGACAAGCAGUAAGGGCAAAGGCAAAAGUGUUGCCGGCAGGAAGGGGAAGGGCGCACGCUCUGGCGGCGAUUCAGAUGCAUCUGUGGAUGGCGACGACGAGAAUAUGGCUGAUGGCCGCGUGGAAGAUGAGGACGACGGGGAUUAUGUCGUCCGGACGGAUCACCUUGCAAAUCCGAUGGAAGAGGUGGAGUAA